AUGGGGAGAUCCCACAAGUCCAGGAAGAGGAGAAGAUCACCCUCACCAGAUCGCUUUGCCGCUUUAGAGCGAAAAAUGUCGCGUAUAAUGGACAUGCUGUCACGAAGUGAGGUUAGGGCGCCCAGCUGCCCCUCCCCAUCGACAUUUAGACCUUUGGCAGCUUCCCAGGAGGAUUUUGGGUUUCGUACUGACUCAGUAUCUGGCACUCCUAUGAGUCCCCAUCUAAGUGCUGACUCAAAUCAUACUUUGGCUCCCCUUGUGCGUCAAGAGGAACCAUCGAACCCAGAACUAUCAGGUGAGAACCCUGAAACUAAGAAUAAUGUUUCCGUAGAACAGCCGGAGCGGUUUUCUAUUGAGGAAGACGUCCUUCAGACACCUCCUGCUCCAGUGGAGGACAAUGCAGACCCUCUCACUAGACAGUUAUUUGGGUCAGAGCUUGGAGGAAACGAAACGCUGUUUUGGAAUGAGCUUCCUCUGGUUUUCCUCAAGGCCCCCACUUUAAAUCAGGAGUGCAAGGUGGCGCUUAAAAAUUCUUCUGUGGUGAAGCGGGAUGACUACGCUAAGAGGCUUCAAGAUCAAGCGGGUCUAGCUUUGUGCGCUUUAGAUCCUUGCAGAUCUUUUCUAUCGCACUUCCUUGAACAGAAGGGCUUUAAUUACACCAUCCCUCAAUCUAAACGCCAAGCAUACUGCCGAUACCAUUCCAGUGGACGAUCUUUUGUUUGGAGCUUCCUUUGGGGAAGAAAUGAAAAAGGCAGUGUCCAUGGAAAAGUCCUCGAAAGACAUCAUCAAACCGACGCUAGCUAUUUCCAGGAGAGUUCAGCAACCCAUCAAACAACUGACGCGACCCGCUCCGUCUACUUCGGGAAACUUCCGCGCCCCUGUACGUUAUCCGAGAUCGGCAACGAAGAGGACAGGGGCACCGAGCAACAGUCGCCGAUCGUAUCACCGCUCCCGAUCUCAGACGAGGAGGAGGUAGUCAACGAGGGACUUUCAUCCAGCCUGGAGCAGAAUUUCCCUGGUGGCCGCGAGGUUAUCAGGCAAGCCUUCUUACUUAAGGGAAUACCACCUUCAGCUUUAGCUGCGACGCUAGCAUCCCUGUCGAAAGCUACUAUAGCUCAAUAUUCGAAGCCUAUUAAACUUUGGUGGCUCUUCUGCAAGGAGAAAGAUGCCAACUGCUUCGCUCCAUCUGUGUCCCUCUUCUUAGAAUUUCUGUCAUCUUUGCUCGAGAGGGUGGGUUCUUAUGCUACCCUAAAUACUUACCGUUCAGCAAUUUCUCUUCUUUCUCAGGACGAAAUAGGCGCUCACCCUCUAGUCAAGAGGUUCUGUAAAGGAGUUGCUGCUCUAAAACCUCAGCGCCCUCGAUACGAUUAUAUGUGGGACCCGGCUCCAGUGAUCUCGCAUUUAGCUUCAUUGUAUCCACAUGAAGACCUCUCCUUAGAAGCAAUCUCAUUAAAACUGGUUACUCUCCUCGCUCUUACCACUGCCCAGAGAUUACAAACUUUGGCAGCUAUUCAGCUACCAAAUGUGUCCUUUUCGGAUUCUCUUAUUAUAAGGAUUCCUGCACGCCUCAAAACCUCUGGAAUUGGUAGAUCUCAGCCUUUGCUUUUCUUUAAGCCUUUCGUUGACAAACCAGAGCUAUGCAUCUUCUCCUUAAUAAGAUUUUAUUUGACUAUCACAGGUAAUCUCCGCCAAUCAGGCUGUGAUUCGCUUUUUAUUUCGUUUCGUGCCCCAUACAACGCAGUUUCCGCUCAGACUCUGGGCCGCUGGGUUAAGGCAGAAUUACAUGCAGCAGGAGUCGACAUAACGCUUUUUUCUGCGCAUUCUACCCGUCACGCGUCUACAUCCCUAGCAGCAAAUAGAGGGAUUAGUAUAGAGGAAAUUAGACGCACAGCUGGCUGGAGUAAGACUUCGCAGAUCAGCUCAAGAUUACGCCUGGAAUUUGUUCAGAAAAAUUAUCUGGAAUCUAGCGAGGAUCUAUAA